AUGGAGCCCCCCACCUGCGGCAGCCCCGGAGAGUGGCACCGGUCCCCCCGGGACUGGCGGUCGCUGCUGCCCGAGCUGGCCCAGCUGGUGCCGUGGCCCCGCGGCGGGGGGGGGCGACACUCCGAGGUUCAGGUGCUCCAGAACGUUCUGGGUUACCUGGAGUUCCUCCAGGAGCGCGUGCGCGCCGCGCGCGCCGCCGCCGAGCUGUUCCCGGACGCUCAGCUCAGCCCCCAGCGCAAAUGCGUCAACGGCUUCAUCAUGUUCUGUCGAGUGAACCGGAGAGAGUACAUGAGCACCGUCCCCGGCCUCACCUCCACGGCCGCCACGCGGGACCUGGCCCAGCUCUGGCGCAGCCUCGGCCCCGACGAGCGCCGCCCCUACCGGCGGCGCGCGCGGCGCUUCAGCCGGCAGCACGAUCGGAUGGUGCGGCCGGAGCGCGACAGCGACAGCGACGGCGACGGCGACAGCGACGGUGCCACCACCCCCCUGCGGCUGCUGCUCGCGGCGCACGCGCGGCCCGCGGCCGGCCCGUGA